UUUUCGAAGCGGCGCGCUGCAUUGUGGGACGGCAGCGGCGGAGGCCUUGACAGACAGCAGCGCUUCUGAGUGUUUGACACACGCGAGUUGAUCUUGUUAUUUGGCUGAUAUCGGUGAGUGAUGCGGCAGGAGGACCUGAUGAGCGCGGCGGAGGACACGGCGGAUCAGUUCCUGCGGGUCACUAAGCAGUAUCUGCCUCACGUCGCUCGUCUGUGUCUCAUCAGCACCUUCCUGGAGGACGGCAUCCGCAUGUGGUUCCAGUGGAGCGAGCAGAGAGACUACAUCGAGGCCACCUGGAGCUGCGGGAACUUCCUCGCUGCCGGCUUCGUGCUGCUCAACCUCAUCGGACAGAUCGGUGGAUGUGUCCUGGUCCUCAGCAGAAACCGUGUUCAGUACGCUUGCGUCGGGUUGUUUGGCAUCAUUGCCCUUCAGACAGUCGCAUACAGUAUUCUGUGGGAUCUCAAGUUUUUCAUGAGGAAUCUGGCUCUGGGAGGAGGACUGCUGCUGCUGCUGGCCGAGUCUCGCUCCGAGGGGAAGAGCAUGUUUGCCGGCGUGCCGUCGAUGGGACAGAGCUCUCCGAAGCAGUACAUGCAGCUGGGAGGACGUGUGCUUCUGGUGCUCAUGUUCAUGACACUGCUGCACUUCGACUCCAGCUUCUUCUCUAUCCUGCAGAACAUGGUGGGGACGGCGCUCAUCGUCCUGGUGGCCGUCGGCUUCAAGACGAAACUAGCCGCUCUGACGCUGGUGCUGUGGCUCCUGGCCAUCAACGUCUACUUCAACGCCUUCUGGACGGUGCCUUCCUACAAACCCAUGCACGACUACCUCAAAUACGACUUCUUCCAAACGCUGUCGGUCAUCGGAGGCCUGCUGCUGGUGGUGGCGCUCGGCCCCGGCGGCGUGUCGAUGGACGAGAAGAAGAAGGAGUGGUGAGGAGACGUGAGGACUCCCUCGUGUGCUUUCAGAGCGAGCCGCGGUUCGCCGGUGUGAACGCUCGCUCCAGUCGCUGGUCGGACGAUCCCGCUGUUUUACAGGCGACACCGGACGAACAGGACGUUCCUUUUCCUGAUCUCUCCGAGUCUCGCUCGACUGUUUUCUGUUUGAUUCUAAGAAAAACAAGUCAUUGUGUUGGUUUUUUCGGAAGUUUAUAUUAUAUUUUUGACUUUGGGUUUUCAGAUCAUGGCGGAAAAAUAAAGCAAAACCAGCAAACAAUCAAAA